AUGGCAACCACAGAUAGCAAAUUCAUUACUAUUCCAGCGACACACAUUCAAUUCCGUCGUCCAGAGUCUGCCUUUAGAAACACCAUUUCAAAGGACGGUCCUUUCACCCCAGAGGCAGGUAGAUACCACUUGUAUAUCUCAUCGGCAUGUCCAUGGUCCGAUAGAACCGCAUUGGUUAGAAAGUUAAAGGGUUUGGAAGAUGUCAUUGGACUCUCCGUCACCGAUUGGUUCCUUGGUAGUGAAGGUUGGCAUUUCUCAGAGCGUCAGGACUGCAUUCCAGACAACAUCAACCACUUCACCCACGUGAAACAACUCUACCUUGCAACCGACCCACAAUACGCUGGUCGUAUUACCGUUCCAGUUCUCUGGGACAAGAAAACCUCGCAGGUCGUCAACAACGAAUCUUCAGAGAUCAUUCGUAUGUUCAACAGCCAAUUCCAAGACGUCUGCAAGAAUCCACAAUUGGAUCUCUGUCCAAGUGAUCUCGUCAAGGAAAUUGACGAACUCAACAGCUAUGUCUAUGAUAACGUCAACAACGGUGUCUACAAAUGUGGAUUUGCACCAUCCCAAGAAGCCUAUGAUAUGAACUUUAAGAAUUUAUUCGAAGCAUUGGACAAACUUGAAGAAAGACUAUCAAAGUCUAGAUAUCUUGUUGGUAAUAGAUUUUCAGAGGCAGAUAUCCGUUUGUUUGUUACAUUGAUUAGAUUCGAUCCAGUGUACUUUGGACACUUCAAGUGUAACAAACGUCAAAUCAAAGACUACCCAGCAUUGUGUGGAUAUGUCUGUGAUAUCUAUCAGAUGCCACCAGUAAAAUCAACCGUUAACAUCUUCCAUAUCAAACACCACUACUACGAGUCUCACAGACAAAUCAACCCAACCGGUAUCGUACCAGACGGACCACUUUUGGAUUACUUAGAGCAACCACACACUGAACGUGCCAAACUCUAA